UGUCCGCCCCAGGCCACAGCGCAGCGCAGCGGAGGAGAAACGCGAUAGGAGGCAGCAGCUGGCCUCCCACCACCCUAAAAAUAAUCCACUCGCCGGCUGCUGACCCGAGAGGAAAAUUUGUCGUCCCAUGGAGUGCGUGAGCUCCUCGGCUUGCUACAGAGAGAUCCCCAACUACUCUGAGGAGUCACUGGCUGAGUUCUGUGUACUAGUUUGAAAUUUACAUCUUCAGACGGUGGGCAGGCUGUUGGUAGCUCAAGUGCACCAGUAGGGGGACUAAGCCCUGGAGCCAAAGCCAAGGUUAAUCAAGUAAGAAGAAAUGAGCCUUUCUUUUUGUGGGAACAACAUCUCCUCCUACAACAUCUAUUAUGGUGUUCUCCAAAACCCAUGCUUUGUGGACGCACUCAACCUGGUCCCACAUGUCUUCCUGCUGUUUAUCACCUUUCCAAUACUGUUCAUUGGAUGGGGGAGCCAAAGCUCAAAAGUGCAAAUUCAUCAUAACACGUGGCUUCAUUUUCCCGGACACAACCUGAGAUGGAUUCUGACAUUUGCGCUCCUGUUUGUGCAUGUUUGUGAGAUAGCAGAAGGCAUCGUUUCAGACUCGUAUCGGACGUCCAGGCAUCUCCACCUUUUCAUGCCGGCUGUGAUGGGAUUUGUCGCCACGACAACAUCCAUCGUCUAUUAUCAUAACAUUGAAACAUCAAAUUUCCCUAAAUUACUUUUAGCUUUAUUCCUGUACUGGGUAAUGGCCUUUAUUACAAAGACGAUAAAGUUGGUCAAAUACUGGCAGUUGGGGUGGGGAGUGUCAGACCUGCGCUUCUGCAUCACAGGAGUGAUGGUCAUCUUGAAUGGGCUGCUGAUGGCUGUGGAGAUCAAUGUCAUCCGGGUCAGAAGAUAUGUUUUCUUCAUGAAUCCCCAGAAAGUGAAGCCUCCGGAAGACCUCCAGGACCUGGGUGUGAGGUUCCUCCAGCCAUUUGUGAAUUUACUGUCCAAAGCUACUUACUGGUGGAUGAACACACUUAUCAUAUCAGCUCACAGGAAACCUAUUGAUCUGAAGGCGAUUGGAAAGUUGCCGAUAGCGAUGAGGGCAGUGACGAAUUAUGUCUGCCUAAAGGAAGCCUAUGAAGAGCAGAAGAAAAAGGCUGCCGAUCAUCCAAAUCGGACUCCCUCCAUAUGGCUGGCCAUGUACAGAGCUUUUGGGAGACCAAUCCUGCUGAGCAGCACAUUCCGCUACUUGGCUGACUUGCUGGGGUUUGCUGGUCCUCUUUGCAUAUCUGGAAUAGUCCAGCGAGUAAAUGAAAAGACUAACACAACAAGAGAUAUGUUUCAAGAGACACUCUCAUCAAAGGAAUUUCUGGAAAACGCCCAUGUGCUGGCUGUCCUGCUUUUCCUGGCCCUUAUCCUACAGAGGACCUUUUUGCAGGCUUCCUACUACGUGACCAUAGAGACCGGCAUCAACCUCCGUGGUGCUCUGCUGGCUAUGAUAUACAAUAAAAUCCUUCGACUCUCGACUUCUAACCUAUCCAUGGGGGAGAUGACCCUGGGACAGAUCAACAACUUGGUUGCCAUAGAAACCAAUCAGCUCAUGUGGUUCUUGUUCCUGUGUCCCAAUCUGUGGGCCAUGCCUGUUCAGAUCAUAAUGGGGGUGAUCCUGCUCUACAAUUUGCUUGGGUCCAGUGCACUGGUUGGUGCUGCGGUCAUUGUGCUCCUUGCACCGAUUCAGUACUUCAUUGCCACAAAGCUGGCGGAGGCUCAGAAGAGCACUCUGGAUUAUUCCACCGAGAGGCUGAAGAAGACGAAUGAGAUACUGAAGGGCAUCAAGCUCCUUAAGCUGUACGCCUGGGAGCACAUUUUCUGCAAGAGCGUGGAGGAGACACGGAUGAAGGAGCUCUCCAGCCUCAAAACCUUCGCGCUCUACACGUCGCUUUCCAUCUUCAUGAACGCAGCAAUUCCCAUCGCAGCUGUUCUUGCGACAUUUGUGACACAUGCGUAUGCCAGUGGAAACAACCUGAAGCCUGCAGAGGCCUUUGCCUCUCUGUCUCUCUUCCACAUCCUCGUCACACCGCUCUUCCUGCUGUCCACGGUGGUCAGAUUCGCAGUCAAAGCCAUCAUCAGUGUUCAAAAGCUGAAUGAGUUUCUCUUGAGCGAUGAGAUUGGUGAGGACAGCUGGAGGGCCGGGGAGGGCACGCUGCCUUUCGAGUCCUGUAAGAAGCACACCGGAGUGCAAUCAAAACCAAUAAACAGGAAGCAGCCUGGAAGGUACCACCUGGACAACUACGAACAAGCACGGCGCCUCCGGCCCACUGAGACAGAAGACAUUGCCAUAAAGGUGACAAAUGGAUACUUCUCAUGGGGCACUGGUUUAGCUACAUUGUCCAAUAUUGACAUUCGAAUCCCAACAGGUCAGCUCACCAUGAUUGUAGGCCAAGUGGGUUGUGGAAAAUCAUCUCUUCUCCUUGCCAUCCUUGGUGAGAUGCAGACCCUGGAAGGAAAAGUUUACUGGAACAAUGUAAAUGAAUCUGAGCCUUCUUUUGAAGCAACCCGAAGCAGAAGCAGGUAUUCUGUGGCUUACGCUGCCCAGAAGCCUUGGCUCCUAAAUGCCACAGUUGAGGAAAAUAUCACGUUUGGAAGUCCUUUCAACAGACAGAGGUACAAGGCUGUCACCGAUGCCUGCUCUCUUCAGCCAGACAUUGAUUUGCUACCAUUUGGAGACCAAACUGAAAUCGGAGAGAGGGGCAUCAACCUGAGUGGGGGUCAGAGGCAGAGAAUCUGCGUGGCACGGGCACUCUACCAAAACACCAACAUCGUCUUUUUGGACGACCCAUUCUCUGCCCUGGACAUCCACCUGAGCGAUCACUUGAUGCAGGAAGGAAUCCUGAAGUUUCUCCAGGAUGACAAGAGGACGGUUGUUCUUGUGACUCACAAACUGCAGUACCUGACGCACGCUGACUGGAUCAUAGCCAUGAAGGACGGCAGUGUGUUAAGGGAAGGAACUUUGAAAGACAUUCAGACCAAAGACGUGGAGCUUUACGAACACUGGAAAACCCUCAUGAAUCGACAGGAUCAAGAAUUAGAAAAGGACAUGGAAGCAGACCAAACAACACUGGAGAGGAAGACUCUCCGAAGAGCCAUGUAUUCAAGAGAGGCCAAAGCACAGAUGGAGGAUGAAGAUGAAGAGGAAGAAGAGGAGGAAGAUGAGGAUGAUAACAUGUCAACGGUGAUGAGGCUCAGGACGAAGAUGCCCUGGAAGACCUGCUGGUGGUACCUCACUUCAGGAGGGUUUUUUCUGCUCUUCCUCAUGAUCUUCUCUAAGCUUUUGAAGCACUCGGUGAUUGUGGCUAUAGAUUACUGGCUAGCUACAUGGACAUCCGAAUACAGUAUAAACCAUCCUGGAAAAGCUGACCAGACCUUCUAUGUGGCUGGGUUCAGCAUCCUCUGUGGAGCAGGCAUUUUCCUUUGCCUCGUCACCUCCCUCACUGUGGAGUGGAUGGGCCUCACAGCCGCCAAGAACCUUCACCACAACCUCCUCAAGAAGAUAAUUCUCGGACCAAUCAGGUUCUUUGAUACCACACCACUGGGGCUGAUCCUCAAUCGGUUUUCUGCUGAUACGAACAUCAUCGACCAGCAUAUCCCUCCGACCUUGGAGUCGCUGACGCGCUCCACCCUGCUCUGCCUGUCUGCUAUUGGGAUGAUCUCCUAUGCUACACCCGUGUUUCUAGUCGCCCUUGCACCCCUGGGUGUAGCCUUUUAUUUCAUCCAGAAAUACUUCCGGGUUGCCUCUAAGGAUCUCCAGGAACUUGAUGACAGCACCCAGCUCCCCCUGCUUUGUCACUUCUCAGAAACAGCUGAAGGGCUCACCACUAUCCGGGCCUUCAGGCAUGAAACCAGAUUCAAGCAACGCAUGCUGGAGCUGACAGACACGAACAACAUUGCCUACUUAUUUCUCUCAGCAGCCAACAGAUGGCUGGAGGUCAGGACGGACUAUCUGGGAGCGUGCAUUGUUCUGACAGCCUCCAUUGCAUCCAUUAGUGGCUCUUCCAACUCUGGACUGGUGGGCUUGGGCCUUCUCUAUGCCCUCACGAUAACCAAUUACCUAAAUUGGGUUGUAAGGAACUUGGCCGACCUGGAAGUCCAGAUGGGUGCAGUGAAGAAAGUGAACAGUUUCUUGACUAUGGAGUCGGAGAACUAUGAAGGCACCAUGGAUCCUUCUCAAGUCCCAGAGCACUGGCCGCAGGAAGGCGAGAUCAAGAUUCAUGAUCUAUGUGUCAGAUAUGAAAAUAACCUGAAGCCCGUUCUGAAACACGUCAAGGCUUACAUCAAACCCGGGCAGAAGGUGGGCAUCUGUGGUCGAACUGGCAGUGGGAAGUCCUCCUUAUCUCUGGCUUUCUUCAGAAUGGUCGACAUAUUUGACGGAAAGAUAGUCAUUGACGGGAUAGACAUCUCCAAACUGCCCUUGCACACGCUCCGCUCCAGGCUGUCCAUCAUUCUCCAGGACCCAAUCCUGUUCAGCGGCUCCAUCAGGUUUAACCUGGAUCCUGAAUGCAAGUGCACAGAUGACAGGCUCUGGGAGGCUCUAGAAAUUGCCCAGCUGAAGAAUAUGGUCAAAUCUCUGCCCGGAGGCUUAGAUGCCACUGUCACUGAAGGUGGUGAGAACUUCAGUGUUGGACAGAGACAGCUGUUCUGCCUGGCCAGGGCCUUUGUUCGGAAGAGCAGUAUACUCAUCAUGGAUGAAGCCACUGCCUCCAUUGACAUGGCCACGGAAAACAUUUUGCAGAAAGUAGUCAUGACAGCCUUUGCGGACCGCACGGUCGUAACCAUAGCUCAUCGGGUUCACACCAUUCUGACUGCAGACCUGGUUAUUGUGAUGAAGAGAGGAAACAUUUUGGAAUACGACACCCCGGAAAGCCUCUUGGCCCAGGAAGAUGGAGUGUUUGCCUCGUUUGUCCGUGCAGACAUGUGACAGGAUUGUCUCUCAACAACACAAGUACUUCAAUGCCUACCGUCGGCCCACCUGAGCGGUCUUCACCUUUGCCAACGGUGACGGAUUUCUGUGCGGAGAGUUGAGAUUUCUAUUUCCUGUUUUGGUUUAACAGUUUCUGAGAUACAUGUCUUAUAGGUUCAUUUACACAUGAGAUACAUGUCUUAUAGGUUCUGUCCACACUCGAAAAGUAGGCUACGUUAAAUCAUGCUAGCAGCCUUAAGAGGUAAAGCCAUUUGAGAGAAGUGUCAAACAUGGGAGCUAAAAUGAGUAAUCUGUGUCACCACACUCUUAGUAUUUUUUGUUUUUCGAGGCAGGGUUUCUCUGUGUAGCUCUGGCUGUCCUGGAA